UGAAAAAUUCCAAAAAAUAUGCCCAGAGAAGAGACCAAAUCCCGGCGACGGAGUCGGGAUAGAAAAAGCAGGAGUCCCGAGCACAAAAGCAGUCGGGACAGGCAUCGUGAGAAGGAUAGAAAGCGGGAACGUGAACGCGACCACGACACAACGCGCGACAGAGAAAGGGACAAAGACAGGCAGGAGCGUGAGCGGCGUCGGGAGAAGGAUAGUGGCCACAGUGAAAGAAGCAGCCACAAGAGCAGCAAAAAGCGACGCUCCUUAACGCCACCAACCCAAUCGAAAUCGCCAUUGGCCAUGAGUUCCGUGAAGCUGCUGCAAACGCUCGAGGCGCGUCGCCUGCGCGAUCAGGAAGAGCGCCAGGCCCGCAAGGAGGAGCUGAAGGCCCAGGAGACACCCGAAGAGAAGCGCGCACGCCGCCUGCAGGAGAAGCAGGCCAAAGAGCAUCGUCGCCGCGAGCGCAUGGGCUGGGACAACGAAUACCAGACGUACUCCAACGAGGAUAAUCCCUUCGGCGACUCCAACCUAACCUCGACCUUCCACUGGGGCAAGAAGCUGCAGGUGGAGGGUCUCUCAAAUCUAUCCACCAAAACGGUGGAGGUACUGUCGCUGCAAAAGCAAAUGGAGAACCGGCGGGAGCUGGAAAAGGUGAAGAAGCGCCGGCAGGAGCGUGAGCUGGAGCGGCAGGUGCGCGAGGACGAUGCGAUGCAGCAGCAGCGGGCCAAGGAGGCGGUCCAGUUCCGCGAGUGGCAGCGCCAGGAGGAUCAGUUCCAUCUGGAGCAGGCGCGCCUACGCAGCGAGAUACGGAUCCGUGACGGACGGGCGAAACCCAUCGAUCUGCUGGCCCAGUAUGUGGCCGCUGGCAACGCCCCGCUCGAGGAGUCGCUCGAGAUGCAAAUGCACGAGCCGUAUAUGCUGCUCCACGGCCUGCCCAUGGAGGAGCUGGAGGAUCUGCUGGUGGACAUCAAGGUGUACGAGGAGCUGGAGCAGGGCAAGCAUAUCGAUUUUUGGAACGACAUGGUCACCAUUGUCCAGGACGAGCUGCAGAAGCAGCAAAAGCUCCACUCGGACGCCAGUGCGCUCAACCAGCGACGCGACGGCAUCCAUCAGAGUGUCGUCAAGGACGUGGCGGACAUCUUUCGCGGCAAGAACGCCAAGCAGCUGGAGGAGAUGCGUGAGCGCAUCGAGGCCAAGAUCAACAGCCGCGCCGACGGCGUCGACAUCAGCUACUGGGAGAGCCUGCUCUCCCAGCUAAAGGCGCACAUGGCUCGGGCCCGUCUCCGGGAUCGGCAUCAGGCCCUGUUGCGCGAGAAGCUGCUGCUCCUCAAGCGGGAGAAUGAGGACGAACUGACAGCUGGUGUCGGGGAGGAUCAAUCCUCUGCAGUAAAGGAGGAGUCAAGGCAGCAGGCCCCCGAGACGGAGGAGGAAGCUGACGAUGACGACGAAGACGAUAGACCGCUGAAGGAGUUGCUCAAUGCCGUCCGCCUCUACCAGGCCGGCAACUACAGUCCGCCGUACAUCAGGGAGGAUGACUUUACCGGCCGUCGUAUACAGGCCGGCGACCGAGACGAACAUGACGAUGGCGCCAUGUACGAGGAGAGCGACGACGAGAGCCGGAUCCAUCGACAGCGUAUGCUAAUCGUCUGUCCCGAGCGCGUGGAUGCAUCGUCCUCGGGCAAGCCGCAGCAGCUGUCCGCGCAGGAGCAGCGCAUGCGGAACGAGGCGCGCCAGGGGAUGCAGGGCGACGAGGCCGAGUUCAGCGUGGAGACCACCCUGGAUGCCGUGCCCCAGCUGGCGACGGACAAGUAUCGGCCGCGCAAGCCGCGCUACUUCAAUCGCGUCCACACGGGCUUCGAGUGGAACAAGUACAACCAGACGCACUACGACAUGGACAAUCCGCCACCGAAGAUCGUCCAGGGCUACAAAUUCAACAUCUUCUAUCCGGACCUGAUGGACAAGUCACAGACGCCGCAGUACUUCCUCACACCCUGUGCGGACAAUGGGGACUUUGCGGUGCUGCGCUUCCACACGGGACCGCCGUACGAGGAUAUUGCGUUCAAGAUCGUCAACCGGGAGUGGGAGUUUAGCUACAAGCGGGGAUUCCGCUGCCAGUUCCACAACAACAUCUUCCAGCUGUGGUUCCACUUCAAGCGCUAUCGCUACCGUCGCUGAUCCCAUGCUCUACAGAUGCACACUAUUCGUUUUUUGUUUUUUUUAAUCUAGGAAUAAAUCUA